UCUAUGGUUGGGUUUCAUUAGCGAAGGUUCUUUUACACGUGUAAAUAGAAGUUAAUUUAGAAAAUAUAAUACGUGUAAUAUAAUUACUGUUAAUUGAUGAAAUACAGUUAAUCGUCCAAAUUAUUUUUAAUUCGUGGGUGAAUGUAUUAUAACUUAAUUUUUUGGAUCCCAUAUUUGCAUGCAGACGUAAUAACUGCCUUGCAGAAAAUUCUGAUUAUUAAUUUUUGAAUGUGCUAACUAAUACACAUAACAAUGCCUUUGUCGUGUAGAUUUUAUAAAGAAAAGUAUCCAGAAGUGGAAGAUGUAGUUAUGGUUAAUGUACGUUCGAUAGCAGAAAUGGGAGCUUAUGUCCACUUAUUAGAAUAUAACAACAUUGAAGGAAUGAUACUGUUAUCUGAACUUUCAAGAAGACGUAUCCGUUCGAUAAAUAAAUUGAUUAGAGUUGGUAAAACGGAACCCGUUGUAGUAAUAAGAGUUGACAAACAAAAAGGUUAUAUUGACUUGUCAAAACGAAGAGUAAGUGCAGAAGAUGUUGAGAAGUGUACAGAAAGGUUUUCAAAAGCCAAAGCAGUUAAUUCAAUCUUAAGACAUGUGGCUGAAUUGCUCAAAUAUGAAAAUGAUGAUCAAUUAGAAGAAUUAUAUGAAAAGACUGCUUGGCAUUUUGAGGAGAAAUUUAAAAAGAAAGCUGGUGCCUAUGACAUCUUUAAACAAGCUGUUUUAGAUCCUAGUAUUUUGGACGAGUGUGGAUUAGAUGAAAAUACAAAAGAAGUGUUGCUAAGCAACAUUAAAAGAAAAUUAACAUCCCAGGCAGUUAAAAUCCGGGCAGAUAUCGAGUGUGCCUGUUAUGGUUAUGAAGGAAUUGAUGCUGUAAAGGCAGCUCUUAAAGCUGGACUUGCAUUAUCCACAGACGAACUGCCAAUUAAAAUUAAUCUCAUAGCUCCACCACUAUAUGUAAUGACAACUUCUACACCAGAAAAGCAGGACGGACUUAAGGCUUUAAAUGUUGCUAUAGAAACUAUUGAAGAAGCAAUCACUAAAUUGGGAGGAGUGUUUAAGGUGCAAAUGGCUCCUAAAGUUGUAACAGCUACAGAUGAAGCCGAAUUAGCUAGGCAGAUGGAGAGGGCGGAAGCAGAAAAUGCAGAAGUGGCUGGAGAUGAUGAUGAAGAAGAAAUGGAGGAAGAAGGAGAAGCAAUUAAUGGUGAAGAAGUUGACGACGAUAAUAAUGACGAUAUGGAUGAUGUGUAUUGAAUGAUUUUUUUUUAAUAAAAGUUACAGUAAUAUUAACAAA